AUGAAGAUCGGCGCCUUUCUCACCUCUGCGCUUGUUGGCGCCGUCACAGCCGCUGAUACACUCUACCUCGUAAACUCCUGGAAAGGCAGCGAGAUUUCCAGCGGAAUGGCAUACUAUGCCGACGGACACGACGCAACCGGCGGAACCGGAGGCUCUCGUCCCGAUGAUUACGUCGAUGUCACCCCCGGAAGCCACAUUAUCUGGGAAGGUCAAGCCGUAAAGGGCACUUUUGGCACCGGCGUGUCCUUCACAUCAAAUAUCUUUGCGGAUGCGGCCACCAAGCAUGACAAUGCAUGGGCUGGCACGGGUACCAAUGGGUACCAUACGUAUAACUGCUGGAAGCGUACUGGAGCUGUUGGAAAGCCGGUGGUUUUGUACAUUGUUGAUGGCUGGACUGUUGAGACUGUCUACUAUUGCCGACCCUUUAAUUAG